AUGGUUCUCACAACCUCACACCACCAGUACCCACCCUUUGCCGAAGGGGUAACAACGGCACCACUCGUCUCUAUUUCUCUCAGUAAGCUUGAAGCCGAUGAUGCGGCCGAGUCGCGUUCCUUCUUCAAGGCUUCGAGAGAGCUCGGCUUCUUCUACCUGAGCAUGGAAGGCUCUGCUCUGGGCGAAAAGCUGGUCUCACAAGCCGAACGACUGCACGUCAUACAAAAGGAGUUUCAUAGUCUUCCCGAUGCGGAGAAGGACAAGGUUGCUCGUGAGAAAAUCGACCCUUUCUUCGGGUAUCGCCAUCUAGGUACCACGGAGAUGGAAGAUGGCUCCGUACAGCGAAAUGAGAAUUACAACAUGCGCAAAGACGACCUCGUCGGCAAUUGCAAGCCACUUCCGUGCCCGGACCUGAUCAAACGGAACUGGGAUCUGUUAGCGAGCUACGCCCGGAAUUGUCGAGCCGCUAUCGACAUCAUGUUCACACACCUCGAGAGAAACCUGGAGCUGCCGAUAGGAACACUCGCGAAACUACAUCGGAUUGAGGAGCGAUCGGGCGACCACAUAAGGUUCAAUAAGACGGCGCCAGGAAAGUUCAGCGAGGAGAAAGCCAGGCUAGGCGAGCAUACCGACUUUGGCUCCCUUACCAUCCUCUUCAAUUGGCUGGGCGGACUGCAGAUUCGCCUUCCGCAAACGAACGAAUGGGUCUAUGUACGGCCUGUCCCUGGCUCGGCGGUAGUCAAUCUUGGGGAUGCCCUGGUCAGAUUUACAGCCGGGUUGUUACGAUCCAACGUCCAUCGCGUCGUCCCUCCGCUGCCGCCGCAGGACAAGAUCGAUCGGCACAGUCUGGUGUUCUUCUCCCGACCUGAGGAUUCAGUCGUGCUACGGCGGCUCAAGGGGGGCCUCAUCGACCAGCAACCAGAGUCGCAGAAGGAGGAAUUGGAGUUGACAAGUGAGGAGUGGAUUUUGAGGCGGAGUGUGGGAGAUCUGAAGGGGGUGUAUACGCACCAGGGCGGUCUCGAGCUGCGUCUCCCUAUGGUUCAAGGGAAGGCUUAG